AUGGAUAAUGGGGGCCAAGAGACGUCCGAUCUGGGCCGGAUCACCUUUGAGGACGUGGCGGUUUAUUUCUCGGAGGGCGAGUGGUCAUCUCUGAGCCGAUGGCAGAAGGACCUUUACAGGACUGUGAUGAAGGACAAUUACGAGAUCGUCUCAUCGCUGGGUUUCUCGGCCGCCGGCUCGGACAGCCACCUCGGGAUGGGACGGGAACACAAAGCACCGGUCCAUACGAAAGAAGAAGCCACCCCCCGCCAGCACGAUGCUGUGGCUUUUGUACGGGACGCAGCCGAGGCACCGAGACCCAGGGGUUUCAAAGCGGAGCGAGCAUCUGAAGGGGGCGGCGGGUUCAAGAGCGGACGGGCCGCUGUUCAGCUGGGUUCUCGGGGCAAAGUAAAGCUGUUAUCGAGCAGACCCACGAAUCAUGAAGCCUGUCCCGGGGGAAGCUCGCACCAUUCUCAGCUUCGAGGAGCCCGUUUGGGAGCCGUGACCGAGGAGGACCGGCUCCCAAAGCCGCGCAAGAAGAACGCAAGGCGGCCUUCAUCAGCGUUUCACUCGAGGUACAAGAGGCAGAACGCUCAUAUUCCUGGCGCGAUAUUCCCCUGCGGCGUCUGCAAGAAAACCUUCGUUAAUGUCUACCGUUUGAAGGCCCACUCCAGGGUGCAUACUGGCGUGAAGCCGCACGUGUGCAGAGACUGCGGGAAGGGCUACUCCCGAGCGGACUACCUGCGGGCGCAUCGUGUCGUCCAUUCUGGAGAACAGCCUUUCCAGUGUCCCGAAUGUGAGAAAAGCUUCAGCGAGAAAAAGAUCCUCCGCAAACACCAGAAAGCCCACCAUCCAAAGCCGGAUCUAAACGGGGACCCUACGUUCGGAGAGGACCCCUCUGGAAAUCCGUCGAAGCCCAUCCCUAAAAAGAAGUACUUGUGCACCGUGUGCGACAAGAGCUUCACCAAGUCGUACAAUCUGAAGGUCCAUCAGAGGAUCCACACCGGCGAGAAGCCUUAUCAGUGCCCAAAGUGUGACAAGUGCUUCUCCCAGAACAUCAGGCUGAAGAUCCACAAGACCACCCAUGAGGAGUGGGCGCACGAGGCGAGCCGCUUCAAGAGGGCAAAGCCCACCGCGCCGCUGGAGAAGCUCCAUAAGUGUAACGUGUGUGAGAAGAGCUUCAGCAAAUCCUAUAGCCUUAAGGUCCACCUGAGGAUCCACACCGGGGAGAAGCCGUAUCAGUGCGGCGAAUGCCACAAAAGCUUCUCUAAGAACAACCUGCUUACCGUCCACAAGAGGAUCCACAGCGGGGAGAAGCCCUACCAGUGCAUGGAGUGCCACAAGAGCUUCAGCGUCAUCUCCCAUCUGCGAGUCCACAAAAGGACACACACCGGGGAACGUCCGUACAGGUGCUCCGAGUGCGCCAAGAGCUUCAGCGACUACUCCUCCAUGGUCCGGCACCAGAGGAUACACACGGGCGCCAAGCCGUACCAAUGCAACGUGUGCCAGAAGAGCUUCAGAGAGAAGUCUCACCUCACCGUCCACAAGAGAACGCACACAGGAGAGCGUCCGUAUAAGUGUGCCCAAUGCGACAAGACCUUCAGCGACUGCUCGUCUUUCGUGGAGCACCGCAGGAAUCACACCGGCGCCCGGCCCUACCAGUGCGAGACUUGCCACAAGAGCUUCGCCAAAGCUUACACCCUGAAGAUCCACCGCCGGGUCCACACCGGGGAGAGGCCCUAUAAAUGCGGCCGGUGCCCCCGGAGCUUCACGCUCGGCUACCAGCUCAAGGUCCACCAACGAACACACGACAGGAGCCCGGCGAUGGCCGCCGGCACGGAAAUCGCCACGGAAACGAUCACGAUAGAAUAGCCAAGAGUUCAGCUGAGACAAUUUCAUUAUAAAUGGGAAUCUAGAGACCGGA